GCACCUGUAACUGACAUUUUUCAAACACAGCCGGUAACAGUUAGGAGCUGAUUGGCUGGUCCUUCAUCUCCCCCCACUUUAUCUCUUUCCAAGGCAUAGUACAUCUGGCCCUGCAAGCGCUAAGACACCUCCCAGUCUCCGCCCAGGACACCGGCACUUCUCCAAGACACCUCUGAUCCCGCGCGCCUUGAUCACAGCAGCGUUCUGCGUAAUCUCCGUGCAACGCGUGCGCCAUAGGAGACUUUCAGUAUUUUCAUGUACACACAGUAGCACAAAUUUAUCUAAUAAGCAAAGUGCUGACGUCACCUGACGGGAAAUGGAGCCGCAGCUGAUCAAAUACGUCAACACGCUGAACCUGGAGGAAGUGACACCUCGCGCCUCAAAGGGUCCAAAGACCUUCUCAGUGGAAGAUGCAGUUGAGACCAUUGGAUUCGGCCGUUUCCACAUCAUGCUCUUUUUAAUUAUGGGGAGCACUGGGAUUGCGGAAGCCAUGGAGAUUAUGCUGCUGGCUGUCGUGUCCUCGGCCAUUCGCUGUGAGUGGCGUCUUCAGAGCUGGCAGGUGGCGCUGGUGACUACGAUGGUGUUUUUCGGAUACAUGGUGUUCAGCAUCGUUCUGGGGCUCCUCGCAGAUAGAUACGGACGCCUGAAGAUUUUGGUGAUCUCCUUCAUGUGGGGGGCGUACUUCUCAUUGCUCACCUCCUUCGCCCCAUCCUACAGCUGGUUUGUUUUCCUGAGGUGUCUGGUGGGCUGCGGAGUCUCAGGACAUGCCCAGGGACUAAUUAUUAAGACUGAAUUUUUACCAAAGAAGUUCCGUGGAUACAUGCUUCCCCUAUCCCAGAUCUUCUGGCUAGCCGGAUCCCUACUCAUCAUCGGACUGGGAUCGGUGGUGACUCCCACCAUAGGUUGGCGCUGGCUUGUCCGACUGGCUUCCAUCCCUGGCAUCAUUCUUGUCCUUGUAUUCAGGUUCAUUCCCGAAUCCGCGCGAUACAACGUCUCCGUGGGGAAAAACCAGGCAGCAACGGACACCUUGGAAUGGAUUGCGAAGGUAAACCGCUCAAAGAUCCCGGAAGGAACCAUUCAGGAACCAAUGGCGGAAAAUAGAGGCAGAUUCUGUGAUCUCCUAGACCGGAAAUAUUUACGGACAUCAUUGCAAACAUGGGUCAUCUGGUUGGGCAUCGCCUUCGCUUACUACGGAGUGAUCCUGGCCAGCUCGGAGCUCCUGGAGCGGAAUCUGCUGUGUGGAUCGGGUCAGGGGCAGAUGGAGGUGGAUGUGGAGCAGGACAGCAACGGCCCCUGUUUCUGUAACAUGCUGAGCCCCUCCGAUUACCAGACCAUGAUUAUCAGCACGGUGGGGGAGAUAGCCCUGAAUCCUUUUAACAUUCUGGGGAUUAACCUAAUUGGCCGACGUUGGACUCUUGGUUUGACCAUGACCACUACCGGAGUCUUCUUCUUGCUCCUUAUCAUCUGCAUGUCACGCACCGGCCUCAUUGCCAUUCUCUUCUGUCUUCGAGCUCUGGUGUCUGCAAACUUCAAUACCAUCUACAUCUAUACAGCAGAGGUCUACCCAACUGUGAUGCGAGCCAUCGGGAUGGGUACAAGCGGGUCCCUGUGCCGCAUAGGUGCUAUGGCGGCUCCAUUUAUAGCACAGGUCCUCCUAAGUACCUCCAUCACCGCUGGGCUCUGCCUGUUUGCCGGCAUCUGCUUUAUCUGUGCCCUCUCAGCAUUCACCCUACCCAUUGAGACCAAAGGCCGAGCCCUACAGCAAGUCAAGUGAAGGCGCCAUAGAAGAGAAGAUUUUUAUUACAACUGUUAAAGUAAAAUGUUAGUUUUUACUUUGUUAGUUAUACAGAGGACUGUAUUGAACAGUUUAAUAAAAGGCAAGAAAAUGAAAAAAAA